AUGGCUCCUCCCUCCAAAGCCCUCCUCUACGAUGGCCCCUUCAGAAACAUGAACGACACUGAGAUGAAGCUCCUCGUCCUGGCUCAUAUGUUCGACAAAGGAAGCGGACCCACCAACUACGAAGAGAUGGCUAAGUGGACCGGCAUCAAGGCGUCCUCUGCUGCAACCCUGUACCGUGGCGCCAAGCGCAAGCUCAACAAGUACAUGGACGGCACCACCACCUCCACCACCAUGCCCGCCAAGGCUGUCCCGGCUCCAAAGCGGGCCAAGAAGUCGACCGCUAAGACCGCCAAGGGCGUGGCCAAGGCAGAGGAGGAAGAAAUCGUCGAGUACCCCGCCGCCAUCAUCAAGAAGGAGCCCAUUGACGACUCCGAUGACAAGAAGUCCGACUUGCGUGCCUCCCAGAUUGCCGUCGAGAUUUCCACCUUGGCCGCUCAGGCUGUCCGCGACGCCUCUGACGCCACUACUGCCUCCAUCGUGGCGGAGUAG